AUAUGUAAAACGGAGAAGUGGAAAACCCCUGCUUUGAGUGUUGCAUAUGGCCGUAUCACUUUCAGGUGGAAGAAGAGCUGCCAUUUCUCUGCAAAGGGCCAGAAAGCUAUCUUCUUUGUCUUCGGUCGCGAUCACAAAUCUAUCCGACCAAAACCGCAAUUCAAUCAAGCCCAAUCCUCAGCAACCCUCAAAAACUGGUUCUUUAGCGGCAUCGGGUGAGUGUUCUCAGGGCUCUCAAUUGAAAAACCCUACCCACUACUUGCAAUCUCCCAUUGAAGAAGCUAGGGCACACAAGUCUACUCAAAAGCCCAUUGAUAUUCUGAUAAUUUCUCAAAUUCUCCCAAGAAAAGACUGGUACUUACUGCUCAACCACGAGUUUAAAGCUAAACGGGUCCAUUUGAACCCUCAAUCAAUUAUUAGUGUCCUGCAAAAUCAAGACAACCCAUUACUCCCUUUGAGGUUUUAUGUUUGGGUUUCUAGUAUUAACAUUGGUUUUACAAAAAAUCAGUCGAUUCGUGGUGUUCUAGCCAAUGCCCUGUAUAGAAAGGGACCACUUCUGUUAUCAGCUGAAUUGAUUCAGGAUAUUAGAAAUUCUGGGUAUAGAAUUGAUGAGGAUUUGUUGUGUGUUUUGAUUGGGAGUUGGGGGAGAUUAGGAUUGGCUAAGUAUUCUGCCCAGGUUUUGGAACAGGUUUCCUUUUUGGGUCUUAGUCCUAGUACUAGGUUGUAUAAUGCAGUGCUUGAUGCAUCAGUGAAGUCGAAUUUGCUUGACUUGGCUUAUCUUAAGUUCCAGCAAAUGCAGGUGGAUAAUUGUAUCCCGGAUAGGUAUACCUAUAAUAUCCUCAUACAUGGGGUUUCUAAGGCUGGUGUUAUGGAUGAAGCACUUCGAUUAGUGAAGCAGAUGGAGGGAUUGGGAUAUUCGCCCAAUGUAUUUACAUAUACAAUCUUGAUUGACGGGUUCUGUAAUGCAAAUAGAGUAAACGAGGCUUUUCAGAUAAUCCAGACGAUGAAGAGUAGGAAUGUCGCUCCAAAUGAAGCUACACUGAGAGCACUGGUUGGAGGAGUUUUUCGUUGUUUGCCACCGAGUGAGGCUUUUGAAAUGUUAUCUGGAUGGCUAGAUAAGGAACCGGGAGUGCCUAAAGUUGCAUGUGAUGCUAUGUUAAGUUGUCUUUGUGAUAAUUCCUUGCCAAUGGAGGCAGCUGAAUUUCUAAGAAAAUCGGUAAAAAGGGGUUACUUUCCAGAUAGUGCAACAUUUAGUCUUACCGUAAAUUGUUUAAUCAAGGGACUAGGGAUUGAUGUGGUCUGUCAGAUGCUAGAUUUUUUUACUAACCGAGGUUUGAAGGUGGCUUUUGAUACUUAUCUUCUGCUCAUUGGGGCUCUUUACAAGUCGGGAAGAAUAGAAGAAGGCAAUCGCUAUUUAGAGCAGAUGUUCCGAGAAGGACUUGUAUCAAACACAUUCUCAUACAAUAUGAUAAUUGACUGCUUCUGCAAAAAUAAGAUGAUGGGGCGAGCAACAGAGGUUUUCACAGAAAUGAGUUUAAGUUGUAUUCAUCCUAACCUUGUUAGUUUCAAUACACUCAUUGACGGGCAUUGCAAGUUAGGGGAGCUAACACAGGCCCGCAAGCUGCUACUGAUGCUGUUGGAGCGUGGUUUUAAACCAGACGUGUACACAUUCAGCUCUAUAAUUGAUGGUCUUUGUAGAGCACAUGCGAUUGAAGAUGCUUUUGACUGUUUCACAGAAAUGGCCGAAUGGGACGUUUGCCCAAAUGCAACAACAUACAACAUCUUAAUCCGGGCUCUCUGUGUUACCGGGGAUGUUGGUAGAUCAAUGGAGUUGUUAAAGGAGAUGCAAGCUGUUGGAAUAAGCGCAGAUCUUUUCUCCUUCAAUGCUUUAAUCGAAAGUUUCUGUAGAAUGAAUAAGAUUGAGAAGGCAAAAAGGCUUCUCAGAAACAUGUUGAUCUUGGACUUGAAGCCCGACAAUUAUACGUAUAGUGCUUUUAUCAAGGCAUUAUGUAGAUUAGGGAGAUUCGAUCAAGCUAAGGACUUACUUUUCUCCAUGGAAGCAAAUGGGUGCACUCCGGAUACCCAGACAUGUAACUCAUUUACAGAUUUGCUGGUUCAGUCAUCUCGGCUUGAAGAAGCCCAAAAUAUUUUCAUUGAGUUUAGCAAGAGGGGAAUCCCGCUGAAGCCUAUAAAAGUCACGUAAUAUUCUUUAUUCAUUGGCUUUCACAUAGCGGCUUUGUUUCAUAGAUAGCCAAGGUUUGUGCUCACCAUGAAUAUACCAUGCUUCCAAUCAGCUUCAGUCUGUACCUCUCUGUUUCACAACAGCUGGAAGUAGACACUGGAGGCUCACAUCUUCAAGGUUGAAAUGGAAGAUGAUUGAGUUGUUCAGAUGAGUGCAGAGAGAGAAGGAAGACAAGAAUGAUACCUGGCAUCAUGAAGAUGAAGAAUGCAGCAGUGACAAGUUUGAUCAUGAGGCGGUUAACAAGGCAUCCACGGAGACUGAAGUGCGAUGUCAAAGCAAAUAAGAAAUGUAAGCCACCCUCAUUGGCCCGGCCAUGUAGUAAGGUGGUUGUGAAGAGGUGGAUAAAUUGCCAGUUUAAAUGUAUCACUCCACUUUUGUACUUGAUAAUCUGUCCUUUACUUAUUUGUGGUUAAUGUGGUUGUGAAGAGGUGGAAAAAUUACCAGUUAAACUUUUUUUUUUUUGCUCAAAUGCCCUUAAAAAGAACACUAAUUAAUGUUGGCUUUCAA